UUACCCCAAACAAUAAUUACUUUUCCAAGUUUGAAAAACUAGUUGAAUCACAUGGGCGAUCCUAAUAUUAAAUUUAUUCACACGAAAGGAAGAAAGAAAGCAUAUAUAAACAAUAGAAAACGAGUAGUUGGGAAGGGCAACAACUACAAAAGCAAGGUAAACGCCACCUUUCUUUCCUCGAACCAAACCAAACCAUUCCAUAUAUUCUUCUACAUUUCUAAUUUUCUACUACACAAAAUGGGUCAAGAAAUCAACCCUCAAACCAACGGCUUCCACCACCACCUCAACGGCGCCGGCCCGCCGCUCCCCGGCGGCGACCUCCCGGACCUCCUUGUCCUCCGCCCGGGCCUCCUCUUCAAAGUGUUCGAGCAGGAAUUCCUCGCCAAAUUCAACGUCCUCAAAGCCUACGAAUCCCCACUCCCGCUCGACACGUACCUCCGCGAACACGCGCAGUCGGCGCGCGCCAUCCUCUGCGAGGCGAUCGUCACGCGCAUCACGGCGGAGCUCCUCCUCCAGCUCCCGGCGCUCGAGCUCGUCGUCGCCGACGGCACCGGCGUCAACCACAUCGACCUCGCCGCGUGCCGCCGCCGCGGGAUCUCCGUCACCAACACCGGCGACGUCUUCUCCGAGGACACCGCCGACUACGGCGUCGGCCUGCUCAUCGACGUCAUGCGCCGGAUCAGCCGCGCCGACGCCUUCGUCCGCCGCGGCUCCUGGCCGGUCACCGGCCAGUUCCCGCUCGGUCUCAAGGUACGAGGCAAAAGAGUUGGAAUAGUAGGUUUGGGCAACAUCGGCACAAAAUUAGCAAAAAGGCUCGAGGUAUUCGGCUGCAAAGUCUCAUACAAUUCUAGAACGAAGAAAGCAUCGGCGCCGUACGAUUUCUACCCGACGGUGGCGGAGCUGGCGUCGCGCUCCGACGUGCUAAUAAUCUGUUGCUCGUUGACGGAAAAGACGCGUCACAUCAUAAACGAGGAGGUCCUCAACGCCCUAGGAAAAAAGGGCAUCUUAAUCAACAUUGGGCGGGGCCCAAUUGUCGACGAGAAAACACUGGUGAAGUACUUGGUGGAAGGGAAGAUCGCCGGCGCCGCCAUGGAUGUGUACGAGAACGAGCCCCGUGUCCCGUCGGAGCUCUUCGGACUCGACAAUGUCGUGCUGUCGCCUCAUCGUGGGGCCUUCACCGAGGAAGCCUUCAUCGACGCCUUCAAGAUUGUGACGGGGAAUUUGGACGCCUUCUUCUCCAAUACCAAAUUGAUCACUCCCGUUAGUACAAAUGAAUGAUUCCUUUUUUUCAUUAUUAUUUAAUUUUGCCAAUUAAUGAAACAGGGCAAAUGAUGAGAUAUGCCAUUGCUGCUCCUUUCAUUUGCUAUUUCUGAUAUUCAAAUAGUACUAUUAAGGUUUGGGAAAAUAAUUGGGAUAAGAGUUUUGUUGGAAUAUUCAAUUCCAAAAGAAAAUGUAAUGAAUUAAUAUUGUAAUUGAAGAAAUGUUCUUUAUUUUUUGUACAAUGUCAUUUGUUUGUGAAUUGACGGAAGUUUGUAUUAAAAUGAAA